UACCACCAAAUUUUUAAUGAUCAAAAUACCAUUGUACCCCUAACUAAUAAACCUUUUAGAAAUCCUUAAAAAUCUUAUAUAAUCUUCUCGUCGAAAUCAAAACCCUCUCUCCCGUGUUCGUCGACUUCUCUCCGGUGACCAAUUCCGACGAUAUCAAAGACGUUCCGGCGACGAUCGACGAUUCUCCGGUGAACAAUUACAAGAUCGAUGAUGCUCCUGCUACUCUCCGGCGAAAUCAACGACUCUCUUGCGUAAAUCUAAUUACUCCGACAAAAUCCGACGAGAUCGACGAUUUGCUCCGGUGAACACUUACAGGAUAAUCGACAAAAUCAUAGAUAGAUUUAUUUUGAAGAUCAAAGAAGUUGGUGAGCUGUUUGAAGAAGCAAGAAGGACUCUGAACAAGAAGUGGUUUGUGCUAUCAAAGAAUUACAGAUUUAUAAAGCUUUAUAAAAGUUGCAGAGUUGGCUUCUUAACACCAUCUUUUCUAUCAUCUCAUUUAGACGUCUCUUAUACUUGAAGAGGUUAGUUGUACAUCUAAGUGAUGUUGAUCCCUGUUUUUCUUAUAAUCAGGUUAUAAUGAUUGAAGUGUGUUCUGUAUGUGGAGAAUGGAAGCUAAUAAAUGGAAUUCAUUGGGAUUUCACAAUCGAUGUUGAUAGAGGAUGUUCUUUUAGUAUGAUUCAUGAAGAUAUCAGCUACAAUGACUUGAUUGGGGUUGUUUUAGAAGAUUUUGGGAUCGAUGACAACAAAAACAGUGUAAAUCUUAGCUAUCUCUCACCUUCCAAAUUAAACUUUGGUACAAAAGAGCUUCCUCCAGUUUUUAUUAGGAAUGAUCGUCAAGUAACGUCAUAUAUGAACAAACUUCAAGAGAAUGCAGACAUUCAUCUAUGUGUAACUAUUAAGAGAAAAGCACAAAUAUCGCCAUUGAUUAUAUCAAACAUGAUGCAGACACGUGAUGAAAUUUCCAGUACUCAUGAUUCACCUAUUGCUGGAAGUAGUAACGCAUUUGAGAGAGGAAAACACACACACCUCGACAGUGAAUGCAACAACAUUCAUAGAGUUGACGAAGUCUCUGGUAUAGAACAUACUCGUAUAAGAUAUACUCCUAUUUCUCCUUCUAGUGGUGUUAUUGGCAAUAAGAGAGGAUUGCACUCAAUGGGACCUGAUGUAUAUGGAUCUGAAAAGUCAAAAUUGUCAUCUUUUUCUAGUAGACGUGGUAGAGAAAGCAUGAGAGAGGAUUCACAUUCCCAUUCGGAAAUCUUGUCACCAAUUUGUUUUGCAAAUCAACGCGAUGAUGAUAAUGAUUUGUUCUGCGGGAAGUUUUUCAAGGAUAAAAAGGAAAUGAGCACAAAGUUGAAGCUGCAUGCUGUUAGUCAAGGCUUUGAGUUCUCCACACAGUAUUCAGACAAACAACGUUAUAUUCUUAAGUGUGUAGAUGAAAAAUGCAGUUGGGAUUUUCGUGCGAAAUCAGUUAAAGAAUCUCAGAGUUUUGUUGUGCGCCAUUAUGUUUCUAAGCAUACAUGUGACACUUCUCUGAGACGUGUUAACCAUCGGCAAGCUACUGCAAAAAUGUUGGGAAGUAUGAUCAGCAAUGGUUAUAAAGGAGGAAAGAUUGGGUUGAAGCCUAAACAGAUCAUAGACAAAGCUAGGGAUGAUCAUGGUGUUGUGAUUUCAUAUUCAAAGGCUUGGAGGUGUCAAGAGCAUGCCCAAGAUCUGGCUAGGGGUACUCCUGAUGACAGUUUUGAAGCUUUGCCCAGCUGGUUUCACAUGUUUAAAGAGAAGAAUCCAGGUUCAGUGACUUUUAUUGAAGUUGAUUCUGUGGGGAAAUUCAAAUAUGCAUUUUUGUCGUUUGGUCCAACUAUCAGAGGGUUUAAGCUGAUGAGGAAGGUACUUUCUAUUGAUGGUGCACAUCUGAAAUCAAAGUAUAAAGGAACUCUACUUGCUGCGACAGCACAAGAUGGUAAUUUUCACUUGUAUCCUAUAGCUUUUGCUAUAGUUGAUUCUGAGAAUGAGGCCUCAUGGAGUUGGUUUAUGACGUGUAUGAAAACCAUCAUUCCUGACGAGGAGGAUCUGGUUUUUAUCUCUGAUCGUGCAGCCUCUAUUGAAAAAGCUCUCUUACAACAUUAUCCUCUUGCUCACCAUGGUAUUUGCAUCUUCCAUUUUGAAAAGAAUGUCCUGGACAAGUUUAAGAGUACAACACUUAUCCCACUGAUUGUUGAGGCUGCGUAUGCGUACACCAAGGGAGAUUUCCAUUAUUUGUUUGAUGAAAUUGAGGAGUCAGACCCUGAAGUAGCUGAGUAUCUUCGUAAAGCGGACUUCAAGAAGUGGUCGCGAGCUUAUUCUCUUGCCAAUCGCUACAACAUGAUGACAUCAAACUUGGCGGAAUCAAUUAACUCUUUGCUGAAAGAGAGUCGUGAGUAUCCAAUAGUUUGUCUUUUUGACACUAUUAGGAUGAUCAUGACGAGGUGGUUCACUGAACGUCGUGAGGAAGGAACUCGUCAUAUCCACCUCUCCACAUUCAAAGUAGGGGGAAAGAUGAAGGAGUUAUAUAAUCUUAAGUCUCGCUGGCUUGAGGUUUCCAAAAUCAAUGACUUAGAGUAUGAGAUUAAAGGAGAUACAGGAGAUCAAGUGGUGAAUUUUCAAAACAGGCAUUGUUCAUGCUUGGUGUUUGAUGUCGAGAAGUUUCCUUGUGCUCAUGCUAUUGCCGCUGCAAAAGCUGGAAAUAAACAUGAAAAUGAUUAUGUCGAUGAUUUUUUCUCCAAUGAAAGGUUUAAGCAAGUAUAUUCAGAAAGCAUAUAUCCUGUUGGUGAUAAAGCAUAUUGGGAUAUUCCCUUAGAUGUAGCAAAAUUUGUUUGUCGCCCUCCAUCUACUCGCUUUCCUAGUGGCAGAAGGAAGAAAAAAAAGAAUUCCAAGUUCGUGGGAGUAUGGAAAAUACCGUUCCAAAUCCCAAUCAACACCCAAAGGUUACAAAUGCAGCAGAUGUGGGCAGCAAGGACACAACAAGAGUACAUGUGUUGA